AUGAAAUUUUUAAAGAAGACGAUGAAUUGUAUAAAAGCAGUUAUUUUAUUCUGGACCUGCAUCAUAGCUUUCCAUGCAUCGGUGACCGCUCACGUGUUUGAUGAUUUCCCAUCGGAGAGAGGUCACCAUUUUGAUGAUUGGGACAUAAGUGCAAUAAAAGUAAACUCUUGUGGAGGAAUACUUAAAAGUAUUGAUAUACACUAUGAGUUUAUACGUAAUGCGAGGACCAAGUACCUCUUUGAUAUGUACAAUUAUACAAAUUUUAAAUUUGAUGUCCGUGGUCCACGUGUAAAGACAUUUACUUAUGAUACAUCGCCGUGUGAUGAAGGAAUGAAGCAUAAUCUUCAAACAAUUGGAAUAUUGCCUGGAAAAAAUAAUGAUUCUUAG